ACGAAAUACCUCAGGAGGGCAGGUCGAUCGAUUCAGGAUCAGCUGAUCGCGGCUGUCAGUCGGACAGGGAAAUUUCGUCUGGAUCUCACAGUUUCUUUGUCGAUAUGUCUGGCUUGUGCGUUUUAUUUAAUUCUUGACGUUUGGCUUUUUAAAAUCGGAUUAGUUUUAAAUGGGUACGAUUGCCUCAGUCUUGCAAUGGAAAUGUGUGAUAUGCCUACAAGUUAAUCCCACUGAAAAGAGCUGUUGCUUCAAUUGCGGGGCAAAACGAUCUUGUACAAUAGAAAAAGAAGAAGUCCGUCCAAUGUGUUCACCAGUCAACUUUGAGGAAAACAAUCGGUCCUCGAAAAAUCAUUCACAACUUAAACAUUCUGUCUCCUACUCUAGUUCUACAUCAGCAAAAUGGACUUGUCCUCACUGCUUAUUUCUGAAUGUGGCAAGUGCUCAAGAUUGCAUGACUUGCAUGACCAGCAAACCUAAAGGAAUUUCAGCUAGUCAAGAGCAAAAUCAAACUCUUCAACAGCCAAACAACAAUAGCUCAACAUGGUCUUGCAAACGCUGCACAUUUUCAAAUCUUAUUGAUCUCCACUGCUGUGAGGUUUGUGAAGCACCUCGCUCUCCCAAUAUCCCUUUAACAUUACCACGAAAACCCAUUAUAGUUAAAUAUGGAACAUCAGGAUUGGACUCAGACAACAAGGAAUUGUUUAUGCCUGACAGCCAUUCCAAAGAGGCAGCCGUGAAUGGUAGGAAGAACGGUACGGUGGUCGUUAAUCAUCAGCACGACGCGAGCUGGACAUGCAAAAAAUGCACUUUAAUCAAUCCAAUCGGGGAAAAUGUUUGCUCUGCGUGUAGCUGCUCACAACUGUACAGCGAGAAGAAAGUAGAAAGUCAAGUCUCUGCUCAUAGUCCCACGAAAAAAGACACCUGGUCAUGUCCUCAGUGCACGUUGCUUAACUCACACUCGAUUUCCAAAUGCAGAGCAUGUAAAACCGCUAUGACUCCGCAGUCCCAGAUAAAGGUUGGAGCACCGACCAUCGGCAGCAGCCCGAUUCCUUCUUCGCCAGCGAGAAACAUUCCAUCAUCAAAGCGUACUCCCGAUUCUGUGAUGGGAGGAUGGCAAUGUUCUGCUUGUACAUUUCACAACAAAAAAUCUAAAUCGUACAGCUGUGAAAUAUGCCAAUCCAGUCGAAGUCUAACAGCUCUUUCACCACCUGCUCCGGCCGCCAUCUCGCGCCAUGAAAGUGAGCCGUCCGCUUCUCUCCGCCACACGGAAGAGGAACAAGCGCGUCUCAAAUGGAAGCGUAUUGUUGGCUUUUGUCGAACCAGUGGCGAUAAAUUUGUCGACGAUUCAUUUCUACCUACUGGACGCUCUUUGCACAACAGCACUCAAGAAGGGGUUCAAUGGCUCCGACCCAGUCAAAUAGUUAGCAGCGCUGCUUCCCAUGUCAAGUGGGCUGUUUUUCGUACCCCGUUGCCAUCCGACAUAUCUCAAGGAAUCCUGGGUGACUGCUGGCUAUUGAGCGCCUUGGCAGUGUUAGCCGAACGAGACGAAUUGGUGCAAAAUGUUAUGGUCACACGGGAAGUCUGUAACGAAGGCGCUUAUCAGAUACGCUUAUGUAAAGAUGGAAUGUGGCGAACUGUUUUGGUUGACGAUUUGUUGCCUUGUGACCAACGUGGACAUUUGCUUUACUCUCAAGCUAAAAGGAAGCAAUUAUGGGUGCCGCUAAUCGAAAAAGCCAUGGCGAAAAUUCAUGGAGGCUAUGGUGCCCUUGUUUCGGGUCGUUCAAUCGAAGGUCUUGCCUCGCUUACAGGAGCCCCUUGCGAGAGCAUUUCCCUCCAGCCAUCAACCAACGGAAGUAACAGGGAAGAAGCUGAAGUUCUGGAUGAAGAUUUGAUUUGGGCACGACUCCUCAGCUCUCGCACUGCAGGUUUCCUGAUGGGCGCUUCUUGCGGUGGUGGCACAAUGAAGAUAGACGAGGAAGAGUAUCGCCAAAAAGGACUGCGACCACGGCACGCCUACUCGGUGUUAGACGUACUUGAUUUCAGUUCCAAAGGUGGUCCUCGUCUUCUCAGGAUGCGUAACCCAUGGGGACAUUUUUCGUGGCGUGGUGACUGGGCUGACGACUCCAAACUUUGGAACCCCGAACUUCGUGCCAUUUGUAUGCCGCACGGGGAUGUGGAAGGUGUUUUCUGGAUAUCAUUCCAGGAUACUUUGGUUUUCUUUGAUUGCAUUGAUGUCUGCAAGGUGCGAUCAGGUUGGAGUGAAGUUCGAUUGCCUGGUCUCUUGCCUCCUUGCGCCUUUUCAGACCAUGUUUUGGCCGUCCUAGUGACGGUGGUUGAGCCAACCGAAUUGGAUUUGAGUUUAUUUCAAGAGGGCAGCCGACACACGGACAAGUCACAACGCUCGCCCGUCGAUCUCUGCGUCGCACUUUACAGAACUGGCUCAGUGGCUGCUCCCCAAAUUGGCCAAUUAGUUGUGCACAGUCGACGGCAACUGAGGGGUUUCGUUGCCACCAAUGCAUUCCUGGAACCUGGAUUGUAUCUCAUCGUGUGUCUCGCUUUCAAUCACUGGGAUUUGAAUCCAGUUGAAGGUGCCGUCACCCACUACCCGCCGUGCGUCUUGGCAUUGCACAGCAGCAAGCGACUUCUUGUAGAGCAUAUCACUCCUUCACCAUUUGUUUUGGCUGAUGGACUCAUUAGUUUGACUAUGGCCAAAGGCCAGCGCUACGAGGGAAGAGAGGGUAUGACUGCUUAUUAUCUCACUCAGGGUUGGGCCGGACUAGUAGUUACAGUGGAAAACCGCCAUGCAGACAAAUGGUUGCAAGUCCGCUGCGACUGCCAGGAAAGCUUCAAUGUCGUUUCUACUCGAGGAGCUCUGUUGACAGUAGACGCAAUUCCACCACUGCAUAGACAAGUGCUCUUGGUUCUAACUCAGCUGGAAGGUGGUGGUGGAUUUUCUAUUGCACAUCGUCUUAUACAUCGUCUUUCUCCUCAAGGCGGUCUUAAUGAUUGGGGGCCUCCAGGUGAAUCUCAUCAGCCUUUACUGACCUCCGCCGUUACUGGGUUACACACUCCUCGACCAAUUUGAAAUGUAGGAUAACUUAUCGGAAAAAUUCCAACCAGUCAUCACAGUGAAAUCGUUUACCCCCAGCCCUCCCUUUUUCAAAAUUACUAUUGAAGUUGCGAUUUUAAGGAUUCAAUCAUUUGUUCUCUAAACUCAAUUUUAUAACAGGAAAACAACCUUAGGUAGUGCUAGCAACUUGCCUCGCGUAUCGCUCUUUAUUUGAGUUUUGUGUACGUAUCUGGACUAACUAACCUAAUGUGUGUGAGUGCAUCACAAAAUGCAAUGAGUGUAGGUGAAUUUUUAAUGUACACUGUACGAGUCUCAAAUUAUCGCAUACUAUUCUGCCAUUUUGUUUGUAAAAUACAUACGUAUCAUCAAGUGAAAAGUUUGCGAAUUUAAAUGUA